ACUCCAGUGCUCGCCAUGGCCAAUGAAAAGCCCAAGGAAGGAGUCAAGACUAAGAACAACGAUCAUGUUAAUUUGAAGGUGGCAGGGCAGGAUGGUUCUGUGGUGCAGUUUAAGGUUAAAAGGCAUAUACCACUUAGUAACCUACUGAAAGCCUAUUGUGAACAACAGGGUAUGUCAGUGAGGCAGAUCAGAUUCCUAUUUGAUGGGCAGCCAAUUAGGGAAACAGACACACCUGCACAGUUGGAAAUGGAGGAUGAAGACACAAUUGAUGUGUUCCAGCAGCAGACAGGAGGUGUCUACUAA